AUGAUGGCCGCAGCAGACCCAAAUCUGCGUGAUGGGAAGGCUUAUGGCCCGCUCCACCUCGCCGCCGAAGCAGGGCACCACCGACUCACAGGUGUCCUUCUUCGGAACGGGGCCCGAGUAGAUGCGACGAAUGAUUUCCAGGAGACUCCUCUCUACCUUGCUGCCUCAAGGGUCAUCGAUGCUGUCCGUGCACUCUUGGACGCUGGGGCCGACGUCAACGCCAAAGCCGGGGACAACGGCGACCGCACGCCUCUCCAUGUUGCCGUCGAUCGUCGGAUGUCAUCGAUCUGCACGAUCCGCGCGCUGUUGAAGGGAGGGGCGGAUGUCAAUGUGCGUAACGACUACGACCAUACGCCGCUGCAUGUAGCUUGCAUGUGUUUUAUUUAA